AUGGCUUCGGCGGAGGCCGUCCUGCGCCUCGACGCCAACGGCACUCCCAGGACGAUCCGCCUCCUCGCCGCGCUCGUGGACUUCGAGUCCCGCCACUUCGCCGACGCCGCCUCCAAGCCGGCCGAGAACGACCUCGUCCGGGCGUUCCGCGGCGGCGCGACCCCGGCCGUCCCGAUCUCCGAGUUCCUGGUACGCAUCCAGCGGUCCAAUUACUUGUUCGACGGCGCGGUGUACGUCCUGGCAGGGGCCUACCUCGCCCGCUUCAUGCGCACCCGCGCCGCGCGCGACGCCGGGAUCCUUGUCGAGCCGGCCACCGCGCACCGCCUUGUCUCCGUCGCCGUCCUGCUCGGGGCCAAAUUCAUCAGCCCUAGGCAUUUUGAGAGGCGGGUCGAGGCAUUCCAGAUCUGCUCCGACAAGUCGAUCCGGGCUAGCGAGAUUUCCCGACUCGAAUUGCUCUUCCUCCGGGCUGUUGACUACCGCAUCUUCAUCGGCGCCGAGGAGUUCCAACGCUUCUUCAAGGUCAUGGAGCGCGGCCCCAAGCCACCCAGUGCAAGCUCUGGAUCGCAAAAGAGGAAAGCAGAAACGGCCCCAGACCGGGAAGAGAAGAAGCCUCGCUGCGUGCGAGCAUGCCAGCUGCCCGCCGUCGCAUCUUAA